CGACGAUCUAGGUCCGUUGCCCUUUAAAAAUGAUGAACUUUGACCCAAACAUUAGGAUCAAAAAGAAAAUGGCUGCCUCCGUGAAGUUCACACGGAGUCUUGUAAAUAGAAUUCAAUUAAAACAACAGAUCAGAUUCUUCCAAACAAGUGUUGUAGCUUGCAAAAGCACAGCUGGUAAAGUAAAAGUGAGCAAAGGAGAGAAGCCAAUAACAUAUGAACAAGCAAACCCGCCAUAUUAUACUGGAGUAAGGAAGGGAUGGAAUACUCAUCAUACAGGAAACAUAGAUUUAGAUCAGGAUGGAUCGGCAAACAGAAUAUUUGAGGAUGUUUUUCUUCGGAAAUUUAUUUAUGGAACGUUUCACGGUUGUUUAGCCACGGAUAUGAUUAUCAAGAGGCGGGCCAAUAUGAUCAUUCUUACUGCAGUUAUGUUAAGAGUAAUGGCCCCACAGAAGUUCUAUUUCUUGGUUGGUUACACAGAAGAACUUUUAUCUUUCUGGUUUAAAUGCCCAGUAAAGAUGGAGAUACAGAUUGUGAAUGAUAAGCCUAUCUAUAAGUGGAUAUAAUAAAAACAAUAUUGAAAUAAUUUAUCAUUUAGGCAUUUGUACUCGGGAUACACUGGCCAUUGCGCCCCUCACGUGUACUACAUGUAGAUGACUGUGUAAAGAUUUUACAAACAAGCAUACAGAGAGGAGAGAGUGCAGUAAUAAUUUCUUCUGAUUAUUCUGCAUUGGUUGAAGUAUAUACAGUACUUUGUUUUCAAUUGCUAAUGGUAAUUUCCACAUAACACAAGGAUCAGAAAUAUCUGCCAGUCUGUUAACGAAAAAAACCAGCUUCUUUUGUUUUUUUUUCAUUUUUCAUACAGUACACUACAUUGUUUCUCCAUGACAUUUAUCAGUGCUGUGUAUCGUUCUAUCUGAGAAUGUAUGACAAAAUCUCUAAUGACUGCAGAGACUGACUUUACAAAUUGAAAAAAAAAAGAUUUUAUGCUUGCAUAUGAAUAUUCAUGAGCAAAUAAAGUAAAUCAGGAUUUCUUCUCAUUGUCCUACUCCUGUCGUGAACUGAAGAUUAUCCUCGAGCUACAGUAGUUGUACAUAAGCUGUAAUAGUUUACUUUUCCUAGUUUUUCAAUGCAGAGAUGUUUUCCUUGAUUUUAAAAUGUUUUGGUAAUAUUGCUGACUGGUGGCCCCACCUCUCCCUUCCUCAAUAAACACUGAUCUUGAAUUUUUUUUUUAUUUUUUUUUUUAACAAUUAAGACCCCAUGUUCAAUUUACAGGGUUUAGUCCCUUCUUCCUUCUUUUGGUACCUAUGAAUCCCAUAACAGUUGAAAUUUCUAUUUGUAUCCAAUUGGUAUUUUUGUAUUGUUGUACCAGGGAGUUGUUAUUUAGACUCCCUGGUUGUACAUACUGUAAAAGGUAUUACUGAUUAAAACUCGCUUUUGGCAAUCUA